UAGCAAGUGUUUAUGAUAUUUAUUAUCAUGCUUACGUAUGGAACUGUAUCAAAUGAGUUAAAUUUUUAAUUUUAAACGCAAUAGUAAAUGUGUAAAAAUGUCUAGCAGAUUGGAUAUAUUAUGGUCACCGGCACAUCAUGACAAAUUCAUUGUUUGGGGCCCAGACAUAACCUUGUACGAAGUGGCAAGGAUAAAAGAAAUCGAGAAGAAAACGACUUUCACUCCAAUUUCCUCAACCUAUGGAGCCACAGUUGUUGCGUCCCAGAGUGCUAGUGGAGUGCGGUGCGUUGAUAUCAGUGCUGAACCAGAGCAGCCUGAGCCAUUGCUCGCUCUUGGAUAUGCUAGUGGACGGGUCUCACUUACCACCCUUAAACAAACAUAUGACCCUUUGGGACUAGUUGGAAGAGAGUUUGCACCAAGAUACCAAAGGCUUUGCAACUCUGUGUCAUGGAGUCACAUGGAGACAAACAUGUUGGCAGUCGCGAUGGAGAAACAUCGUAGUGACCACUGCAUACUUGUAUGGGAUGUAAACCGAGGUUCGGCAGCUGCUGAUGAGGCUUUAGAAAGUACUUCUCAAGGAAGUGUAGAUCCGAUGCGACCACUAGCAGAAAUGGGACUAUCUGAGACAGCACAUAAUGUAACCUGGUCUAACUGCUCGAACAGGACCUUAUUGGCUUCAAUGAACUUGAAGUACAUCAAAAUAUUUGAUCUUAGAGAUUUAUCGAACAAAGCCGUGAGCAUGACCGCGACCCGCUACUGCUACGGUGUGUGUGCCGACCCGAACAGCUCCCACCAGCUCGCCUCCCGCGGAGAGAACGUGGUCUGUCUUUGGGACACCAGGCACUUCGACCGCCCCGUACUCUCUCUGCAGCAUCCCCGGCCUCUAGCCGUCACCCAUCUGCAGUGGUGCCCUACCAGACGCAACCUUCUUCUCUCGCUACAGAGAGAUUCCAAGUCGCUCCGCAUCCACGACAUACAGCAGGCCAGUGCUGAGUGGAAGAAAAACGCGCUCGAUGUGCUGACGGCGACGGCCGUAGAGGCCGAAGUGGAGGAGUACUCUCGCAGACCGAGCGUGUUGGAGCGUGACGUCACUCCUGGAGGGUCGCAGCCGCUCGUGGCCUUCUGCUGCCAUCCGGCUCACGAGGCGCGUCUGCUGGCACUCAGCGCCACAGGCGGUCUGGUAGACUACACGGUCUGCGAGCGCGUGGCGGUGUCCUGGGGGGCGGGGGGAGGGCUGGCCUGGUCCGGGGGAGGAGGGGGACUCCGUGUCCUCAACGACGACUUGUGCGGGGUCGUGAAGGACAUCUCGCACGUCAUGAGACGACGCGCCCAAACCGACUACGGCCUCAAGCAAGACCUGUGGCAGAACGCAGACCUCGCCGAUGACGACGCGCUCAGCGCCCUGUGGCACUUCAUGGCCUUGAGCAAGUCCUUGGUGGAAGAUGGUUGCAUAAGGAACAGUCCGUGGAAGCACCCGGGCGUGCUGACCGUGCUGCGGUCCCCGGGCGACGGCGGCUACCGCUCCGAGAUAGUGCCCUCCCUGCUGCCCGAUAUGCCCAACCGCAGGGUCACGCUCUACAGGAGUGCAGAGCGAACUCGUGCACUGCAGCUGUGCGGGUGGGGGUGGGGGUGGGAGAACGCGGACGCGGGGGUGGAGCGCGCCGAGGCCGAGGGCACCCCGUGUCGCGCCGCCGCACUCGCCGCCUUCCACCUCCGGCUCAGGACUGCUCUGGACGUGCUGGCCCGGGCGCACGAGCCGCAGCUCCGCGUGGUGGGGCUGGCGCUGGCGGGGCUGAGUGAGGAGCGGCUGUGGCGUGAGGCGCUGGCGGCCGGCGCCUCCGCCCUGCCCGACGCCUACCUGCGCGGCCUGCUGCACUUCCUGGCGGCCUCCGCCCCCGCGCCGCCCGCCCUGCACGCGCCCUCCGCGCCGCCCGACCUGUCCGCCGUGCUCGACGAGACGGAGAUGCGGCUGGAGGACCGCGUGGCCUUCGCCUGCAUGUUCCUGUCGGACGGCAAGCUGCACGAGUACGUGCGCCACACGGCCGACGCGCUCGUGCAGCGCGGGGACCUGUCCGGCGUGCUGCUCACCGGGGCCGGCGCGGAGGGCGCGGCGCUGCUGCAGCACUGGCUGGACGCGAGCGGCGACGUGCAGAGUGCCGCCCUGCUGGCCGCGCGCUGCUUCACGCCGGAGCUGCUGGCCCUGCCGCACGUGCAGCACUGGCUCGACAGCUACCGCGGGCUGCUGGACGGCUGGCGGCUGUGGUGGGCUCGCUGCGCGCUGGACACGUGGGUGUGCGGGGGCAGCGCCGCGGCCGCCGUGCGCCACGUGUGCGUGGCCUGCACCUACUGCGGCAAGUCCGUGGCGGCGGCCGCGGGGGCCCGGCCUCGCCCGCCGCUCGCGCGCCUGCCGCCGCCCGCCGCCAAGAUGAAGCAAAUCUCGUCGUGCCCGAACUGCCGCAAGCCGCUGCCGCGCUGCGCCGUGUGCUCGCUGCACCUGGGCACGGGCGCGGGGGGCGGCGCGGGGGGUGCGGCGGGCGGCGGCGCGGGGGGCGCGGCCUUCCCCCGCUGGUUCAGCUGGUGCGUGGCCUGCAGGCACGGGGGCCACGCCGCGCACCUCAUGGACUGGUUCAAGGAGCACGCGGAGUGCCCGGUCAGCUCCUGCAACUGCCGCUGCAGCACCCUGGACCCCCCCCACCGCCUGUAGCGCGCACCGGCACGCGGGGGCGGCGCCCCGGGGGACCGACUAUCUACUGAACACACGUUUUUCUUUGGUGAUAUUUUUUGUUUAUUUCAUCUGUGGGUUGUUUAGUUAUUAAGAUCAAACAAAUCAAAAGAAAAAAUAACCUUGAAUAUUUAAACUAUUGUGGUUUAAUCUCCAAUUUUGUCUCCGAAUGUCGUUAAUAGUAAAAUAUGAAAUCAAUCGAAAUUUCAUAAUGAAUUAUGUAAAGACACAAUUUGUUCAUAAUACUUUUUUUUAUUAUAUUAUAAAUUUCUAUAGGUUAAGAAAAUCAAUGAAUUGUAUAUCUGAGACACGAUGAGUGCCCACUGAGGCUCGACACAGAGCCGUUAGCGAGGGACGCACCCUCCGUGUGCCAGCGUGUGAGAAGUAGCUUGUGAUCUGGGAACCCAGAUAAAAUACCUUUAUAAAAUAUACGAAGAGUACUCGACCGGAUUAAGGAUCCGUUUUGUUUAUGUUUUUUUUAAGUAAUCACCGUUGGGCGGGCAUACGGCUCAUCUGACGGUUAGUGCACACUCUAGAUUAUUAUAAUCAUUAUUAGUAAUUAAAAGCUACAAGGCCUGUGGGAUCCACGUUCAUUGUAUCGAAGUAAAUUCGGGAAAACUAAUUAAGCAUAAGAACGUUUUACAGAAAUAUAUAUUUUUAUACUAGAACUUAGUACUUUAAGGUAAGAGCUUAGAUUCAGUAGGAGGGCUCUUCACUAGUCAUUAUUGAACAAAAAGUGUGAUCUGUCUGUACAUCGGGAUUUUGUAAUGACUCAUGUUCGCUCAAUGUGCAAAUGACCUCUUUAGGUAUAGGCUUUAUUCAAACAUAUACUUUGGUCUAUAUUUUUAACUACUCUGUGUACGACUCGACUUUUGGCGGAAACGCGACAAACGAACUUUUACAAGGUUUAAUUUUUGUAAUUAAAUUUUCUUCCGGCUUAAACGUCUAAUAAAGGACGGUUAUUAACUGUUUAGUAUCUGUGAAAGUGUAUAAAUGUGAGAAAACGAAACGCAGUCGCUGGAUAUGGCUUCUCGGUUUGUUCCAAAAAGUUCAGUGAAGUUUCAGGAAAUAACCACAAUUUUACUGAGACUUUAUUUCAUCCCAUAUCGCUUCAUUUAAUUUCAUCCAAAUUCAUUACAGUCUCAGAUUACAUAGAAAACUUCUCAUUACAUCCAACCAUUACAUACAUUAUUAUUUUUCGUAAUGUUCGUACGAAUAUACAAAAGAUUAGGAUUAGAUUAUGGCGUGAUAGGUUUGCCAUGUUGGAAAAAUGGAACUACUACUUCUGAAAGGUCAGUUUUGUUGUAAUCUUAUUGAUAACCUACAACACUUUUCAAUUUGAACUCAAAGCAUGAAUAUAGUCAUGACUUGAUACUUUUAAGACUUAUUCUAAUCCGAAAAUGUACUUGGGUCGUAGAAAAAAUAUAAAUGAUUUAUUAAAAGACUCGGUGGUAUUGAUACGUUUUUUUUUAAUGCCGUAUAGGCAGACAAGGAU